AUGGACAAGGAAUGGACAAAAUUGUCUAGAGAGAGUAAAGAGUAUCAAAACGGUGUAGAUUUUUUCCUAGAUUAUGCAUACACCAAAGGAAAACCUCGUGGAAAAGAGAUUUCGUGUCCAUGUGCUAAAUGUUACAACACCAAUUGGUUCACAAGGAAGGUUCGUCAUGGUGAAGAGAUAAGAAAACCCAAUGAUCUUAAUGAUGAUCAUGUGAAUGAUGAAGAGGAUCAAAUUGAUGAACUACUUUUUGAAAGAUUUAGAGAUGUUAUACAAGAAGAAUGUGAAUUUAAUGAAGGCCUCAACGAAGAUGCAAAAAAGUUUUAUAAUCUAGUCGAAGAAGCCAAACAAGAGUUAUAUCCGGGUUGCAAAAACUUCUCAAAAUUUUCGUUCACAAUUCGGCUAUAUUUAUUGAAGUGUUUGUAUGGUUGGAGCAAUGAAUCAUUUAAUGCUCUCUUAGAAUUGUUGAAAGAAGUUAUGCCUUCACUGAACAUCCCCGAUACGUUCAAUAAAACUAAAGGCAUGAUAAAGGACUUAGGGCUGGAUUAUAAAAAGAUCGAUGCUUGCCCUAAUGAUUGCAUGAUCUAUUGGAAAAAUUAUGAGAAUGAAACAUCUUGCCAUGUUUGUGGUGCUCCACGUUGGAAGGAAAUUGCCGAAGGAAACCAUCAAGUUGGAAAAAAUCACGAAUCUUAUAAAGUUUCAGAUAAAAUAUUAAGACAUUUUCCCUUGAUUCCUAGACUUCAAAGGUUGUUUAUGUGUUCAAAGACGACUAGCUCAUUAUGGUGGCAUGAAGAAGAGCGUUCGAAAGAUGGGAAGUUGAGGCAUCCUGCAGAUGGGGAAGCAUGGAAAGAAUUUGAUAAACGCCCUCCAGACUUUGCUUAG